AUGGCCUCAGGGAGCGAGGGUGACCCACCCGGGGCACAGGGACGCCAGGGCAGUGCCAGGCACCGGCGGGCACAGGAGCUCAACUCAGAAACCCAGGUGGUGGAGGAGACGGAGGAGGUGUUCCGGAGCUAUGCCUUCUACCGCUACCGGCAGGAGAGGGAGGAGGGAGGGGAGGAGGUGCCCCUGGACCCUGAGAUUGAGGAGUUCCAGCAGGAGGAGGUCUCCAGCACGGGGAGCCAGGUGGGGAGGCGCUUGGCCAUCAUCGGGGAUGACAUCAAUGAGCGCUACGACGAAGAGUUCCGCUGCAUGCUGAAGUCCCUGCAGCCCAACAAGGACAAUGCCUAUGAGUACUUCACCAAGAUAGCCUCCAGCUUGUUCGAGAGCGGCAUCAACUGGGGCCGCGUGGUGGCGCUGCUGGGCUUCGGGUACCGCAUGGCGCUGCACGUGUACCAGCAGGGCAUCCCCGGCUUCCUGCGCCGCAUCGCCAGAUACGUGGCCGAGUUCAUGCUGCACAACCACAUCGCCCGGUGGAUCGCCCAGCAGGGAGGAUGGGUGGCUGCGCUCAAGCUGGACAAUGUUUACGUGAACUACAUGCUGGUGGUGGUGGUCCUGGUGCUGGUGGGGCAGCUGGUGGUACGACGCUUCUUCAGGCCCUGACUGAGGUGUAGGCAGAGGCUGGGGGGGUCUGGCCAAGCUCUCAGAUCUCUGCUCUCCAUUGACACUUCCCAAGAGA